UCUAAUUAUAUCUUUGUUAAUCAGGUUAAGUUUAUUUACUGCAUGGACAUUGAUGCAAUGUGAUUUAUUCACUUUUAUUUUUGAAAGGGUAUAGUGAUGUUAUCUAAGCUUUUCAUUUAAAAUCGUUGAAUGUUUAGAUAUGUUACACUGAGCAUUCAAUUGUGAAUAGAGUUUGAGCCAGAAAUUACUCUUAGAGUCACUUCUGGCUCAUAAACUAUGCUUUGGCCAUUAUUUGUACAAAUCUCCUAAGUUAAUCAGUCACUUCAAGUUUAAUAAUUGUAAGAAUAUCUGUUUUAAUGACUAUUAUACCAAAAGCUCAUCCAUUACUAAAUUUUAAAAGUUCAAGAUCAUAAACAUCUGUGCCUACUAUGUAAUAGAAUAAGCAGUAUGAUGUAACAAUUGACUACAAACUAUUGAUUUUUCAUAAAGGUGAUGCUUAAGCAUUGCCUUUAUGAAAAAUCAAUAGUUCGUAGUCAAUUCUUGUUAUGGAUAACGAGAAUUAUUUCCAAAGUGGGAGUUGUCAAAAAAUCAAAGUUGACAGAAAAUUCAAGAUAUUUUAAGUUGAUACAAAGAAAAUGAAGGAGAAAAUAAAAAGUGAGCACUACAAAGUGGACGAAAAAUAUUUAUUAAAAAAUUAGACAAAUCCAAGAAUUUUGCAAUCUUCAUCAUUUGAUUUUCCUUCAAGCAAUCAUCAGGAUAUGAUUCUAAAUAUUUGAGCAGUGUUUAUCAAGUUUUGUAAUUAACUUUCAAAUAGAAAUUUCAGUAAUUACAUGAUUACAAGAAAUUAUUUAUUUAAUUUUUUCUGUUUGAAUAAAAAAACUUGCCCUUUUUUCCUUAUAAGAUGCACUGUUGUAUUGGAUGCAUUACAUUUUUUAUGUCAAUUUUUUGGGGGAAAAAUAUAAAAUAUCAAAUAACAUUUAUUUUAUUUGAUAUAAAUUUUUUUUAUUUUUAAACCUUGUUCAGUUCUCUUUGUUUCAUUUGCAGGUCAGAGAAAUAGAAAAGAUUUUCCAAAGAAGACAUGAAUUACUUAAGAAGCUAUUUUGAUAUCAUUUCAAUGAUUUAUAAGUAUGUUGUACUUAAAUGAAUUUAACAAUGAAGAUAAGUUUUUAAUGCAAACAAUAGGAAUAUUCUCUAAUUUUCUAUAAUCAUAAAAACAUUGGAGUGUAGGAGAAAUGAAGAAAGCUGCUGUGCCCCAGGACUUAUCAGAAGAAUGGGGUCUAUGAUCAGCAGCUUUUUUCGGACAGGUGGUCAUUUAUUGUCAUCUGGGAUUUCCGAGUCCACUCGGCAAACAGUGCUUGCACUGUUGGAAGAAAUGCGACAGAGGGAAAAUUCACAUAUUCAUUGGUCGGCCAUAGAAAGUUUUCUUGUGCAUAUUCCAAAGGGAGAAAAUAUUCUUGCUGUAACUGCUCCAGAUGGUUAUAAUUUAUUGCAAAGAGCCAUUGGUUUUAAUUGUGUAGAAUUAGUACGUUGGAUCUUAAAUCGAGGCUGCGAUGUUAACAGAGGUGGAUGCAGCCUUCCUUUACAUAUUGCAGCAUUACAUGGAACGGAAGAGAUAGUUGAAUUAUUGUUGAAACAUGGAGCUCGAGUUGAUUUGGAAGCUCGUAUGUGCUUUCCAGGUCCACAUAAUCAGAUAUGUGAAAUGAGAAGCGUGUUGUCAUCAAACACUACUGUAGAUCGUUCUUCUGAAAGGUUACAGUCAGCAGAGUAUUAUGCAAUUGAUGGGGAUCAAGCAGAAAUUCUUGAAUUACUUUUAGCACAAGGUGAAGAUAAUUGGUUGCCAUGGCAACAAAAACGUCCUCUUCUUCAUUUAGCAUGUGAGCGUGGGGCAUGGAAUUGUGUAAAGUAUCUGGUUGCUGAACGGUCAGAAGAAAUUAAUCAAUGUUAUGAUGAGUAUUACCCUAUUCAUCAAGCUGCAUUGCAAGAUUUAAAAUUCUUAGAGUUGUUAAUUCAAUGUGGUGCAGAUGUCACUGUAAAGACAGCCACACAGCAGAUGACAGUAUUACAUGUUGUGUUGUUACUUGGAAAGAAAUCUGCUGAAGAAACAUCGUGCACCUUAAAACUUCUAUUAGAUCAUGGUUGUCGAAAAUUUAUAAAUGAACCUGAUAGUUUAAGUAAUACACCUUUACAUGGUUUAAUUGUGCGCUAUGCUUUAGAAGAAAGUAGAUAUGGUUAUGUUAAUGAACCUCGUCCAUGGAAUAAAUGGGAUAUGUUGCAUUUAGUAAGAUAUUUACUUUAUAAUGGCUCUAGACCAAGUAUUAAUCAUCGUGGAAAUAGUGCACUUGCCUGUGUAUUGAGACAUGUUAGAGACUGGGAAUUUCGUUAUGAAUUGUUAGAUAUGCUGCUUCAGAAUGGAGGAAAUCCCAAUUGUGUUGGCAGAGAUGGUUCAGUACCAUUAAUGGUAUGUCUUGUUCCUUUAAUAAACAAGGAUCCACUUCAUCGGCUGACACACAGCAAGAAAGUAUUUUAUUUGAAUUCUGUACGUUUAUUAUGUAAGCAUGGUGCCAACCCAAAUUGUUCUUCAAUAAGUAAUUUAACUCCUUUACAUGUACUAGUCUUUACUGCAAGUGAAUAUAUUACUCUUAAUCGUGAAGAAGAAAAAAGUAAUGCUUUUGCUUUUAUUCGUCAGUUGUUAAUUAUACUAUUACAACAUGGACUUGAUCCAAAUGUGAGGUUUUCUCAGAGGACGCAACACAUUUUGUUAGCAUUAAUGGAUAUGGUCCAAAAUGCUCGAAUGCCCAGUGAUCUAGAUUAUGUAUAUGAUCUCACUUUGACAUUAUUACAAUAUGGAGCAAAUCCAAAUACUAGCGUAAUCACUACCGAGCCAAUGAUAUGUCAUUCCCAAAGUUCAGUCUUCCUGAAAAAGUCAUGUCAUCAGGUUUUAUAUUAUUAUGUUCAACUUGUAAUUAGGAAGGAAGAGCUUUUAGUUGAUCUAGAUCAACGAUUUGCCCGUCUAAUGUGGUUAUACUAUUAUUCAAUGAAUCAUAGAGAAUUAUUUACCUGUUUGAAAAUUUUAAACACUCAAAUGGCACUAGUACCCGUUCGUCAAAUUGUGGCGACUAUUCUUCGUCAGAUGUACACGGAACCACGUACUCUGAAACAGAUAGCCAGGGUCAAGAUAUAUAGUGCCUUGAAUUACAGUGUGGCACCAAAUAUAAACAAACUCAUGCUUCCAGGACCAUUAAAAGAAUAUCUUAUGGAAUGGAUGCCUUAGUUUGUUGCUGGAAAUUCUUCUUCAGAUUCUUGGAGUUUUAAGCAUUUUACCAAAUAAAAUUACCAAAGGUUUGAAAAUAAUUCCAAAUGUAGGUUGUCGUAUAAAUUUUUUAAUAUAAAUAUUUUAAUAUAAUAUAAAUAUUUUUAAUAGUUCUCCAGCUAUUAAGUAUGAUCACACAACACUAGAAGUUAUGAUUCCAGCUGUAAUUCAUGUGUAAUGAACAUGUUUAAUGUUGUGCUACUGUUGUUGAAACAAAUUCUCAAAAAGAAUUAUCACUUUUUCAUUAGAUUUCAUGUAACAUUAUGCCUAUCUUAUUGUAUAAACUUAUUGAUUUA